UUGAGUCAUAUCCAGACCCACGAGACAGAAAUGACAUACCGUUGCCAUCAGUGCAAUAAAACAUUCAGCUCUCUAUACGAUCUCGGAGUACAUCAAUACAGCCACUCGUUGUACCCAAACCAGGGCUCCCGAACCGGACAAAGAUAUUUUCGAUGUCAAAAGUGUCUGAAUAAGUACACAACACCGGCAGCAUUGGAGCACCAUUUGGCCACUUCGACACAUCACUAUCCGUGUCAGAACUGCAGUAAAGUGUUUCCCUGUGAGCGCUAUUUAAGGCGCCAUUUACUCACUCACGGAUCAGGAGAAAAGCCUUUUGCGUGCAAUCUAUGUGACGCUGCGUUCAAUCGAAGGGAUAAACUAAAGCGGCAUAAACUGGUUCACGACCCCAUCAAACGAUUCAAGUGUCCCUUUAAAGCACAUACCGGUUGUCCCAAAGAAUUCAAUAGACCCGACAAACUGAAGGCACAUAUUCUAACCCACAGUGGAAUCAAACCGCAUCAGUGUAAUGUAUGUCUUCGUUCGUUCUCACGUCGAGCCCAUCUGCGAGAGCACCAAAAAGGACACGAGAGCACUCAAAGCGUUGAGAUCACGGCCACUACGACCACCACAACCGUCGUUCCCAAUACUAUUCUCAAUAAGACUGAUUUCAUAACACUCUUUGAUUGUCAAAACUGUGGAAAUUUGUUCGCUUCA